AUGGCAUCAUCACGUUUGAAAUCAGAUGAAUUGUUUGUUGGUAUUGUAUUUAUUUGUCUAUUAACAACAAUAUUAUGUUUAAUGAUUUCAAUAAGUAAUCUACCAUUAUAUUCUAAAUAUCAACAAGUUAAACUUCAACAAGCAACAUUUUCACUAAUUAUUCAAUGUCAUAUUGAUAAAAUCAUAGUACGUGAAAUAACAAAUUCCAAUGAUAAUUCAUCGUGGACAAUAAUUGAAAGUAAAUUUAUUAUUUCAAUUAUACAUCCAUUAAAUAAUACAAAACAAAAUUUUGAAGAAUCAACUGUACCUCUAUCACUUUACAAUACAGUAGUAAAUAAUUCAUAUCCAUGUUAUGUUGAUCCUAUGGAUAAUGAACAACGACCAUUAAAAUCUGCACCAGAUGUUUUUGGUGCUCGUCAUGAAUUUAUUUGGCGUACAUUCGUUCCAGCUUUAAUAGCAACACCGGGUAUUAUUUUAUUUAUUAUUACAUUUAUUGUUGCAAUUAUUGAUAAAUGUCAAAUAAUUAUUGCAUCACGUCCACGAGGUUUUUUCCGAAUACGAACACAUCCAACAAGUACGACAUAA